GUGUUUUUUUCUGUGCUCGACACAGUUAGUAGGCUUGUGGCUUUGCUGCCACAGAGGUCCACAUUUCAUGGAAUUUUUUUCUAAGUUUUUUCUUUUUUUCAACGAUUUACCACAUUCCUUCCCCCCUUCCAAUAGGCGUGGGUCCGGGAUAGUGAAGGCUGCUUUAGCAGCUGUGGGUGUCGGACCUCUCUAAAAAGAGCUCCCUCACUACCACGUGCAGGACUAAAACCUGCAGUAAAGGCUGGACGGAACUUACAGAGAAGGCCCGUCAUAGCCCUCACCACAGGGUCCAGGUCCAAUAUUUUUUUGUUAUUGUCAUGAAAUCAAUGGAGGAUCAAGUUGUAGAUGAAGAAGUGGGAAUUCAUGAUGAGGAGGAAUCUUUUUUCCAAGAUAUUGAUAUGCUACAGAAGCAUGGUAUUAAUGUAGCAGACAUUAAGAAGCUAAAGUCUGUGGGAAUAUGCACAGUGAAAGGAGUUCAGAUGACCACUAAAAAGACCAUGUGCAACAUCAAAGGACUAUCUGAGGCUAAAGUGGAUAAAAUAAAAGAGGCUGCAAACAAAUUAAUAGAACCUGGUUUUCUUACUGCCUUUGAAUACAGCGUCAAGAGGAAGAUGGUGUUCCACAUCUCUACUGGAAGCCAAGAACUUGACAAGCUAUUAGGAGGUGGAAUUGAAAGUAUGGCAAUAACUGAGACAUUUGGAGAAUUUAGAACAGGAAAAACCCAGCUGUCUCAUACACUUUGUGAUCAACCAUCAGAAAUCGUUGAUCCCAAGGAAUUGAGAGGCUUUGCAUCCUGUGCAGCUGUGAUGCCUUCACACGAAAAAAAAGUGACUGCCCAGCUUUCUGGACACAAUGGAUAUCCUGGAGGGAAGGUGAUAUUCGUGGAUACUGAAAACACAUUCCGGCCAGACCGACUCCGAGAUAUUGCUGACCGAUUUAGUGUGGACCAUGACGCAAUGCUAGAUAAUGUGUUAUAUGCCAGAGCAUACACCAGUGAACACCAGAUGGAGCUCUUGGAUUAUGUAGCAGCAAAAUUUCAUGAAGAAGUUGGUGUUUUUAAACUCUUGAUUAUUGAUUCUAUCAUGGCUCUCUUCCGGGUGGAUUUUAGUGGCCGAGGAGAAUUGGCUGAAAGGCAGCAGAAACUAGCUCAGAUGCUCUCCAGGCUUCAGAAAAUAUCAGAAGAAUAUAAUGUUGCUGUAUUUAUCACAAAUCAAAUGACUGCUGAUCCAGGAGCAACAAUGACAUUUCAGGCAGACCCCAAAAAGCCGAUAGGAGGCCAUAUACUCGCGCAUGCAUCCACAACAAGAAUCAGUUUAAGAAAAGGAAGAGGCGAGCUUCGUAUUGCUAAAAUAUAUGACAGCCCUGAGAUGCCAGAAAAUGAAGCCACAUUCGCAAUCACAGCUGGUGGUAUCAGUGAUGCAAAAGAGUGACAAUUGAUCUACAUCAGAGAGAGACAUUCCGCGUGAGAUUUAGCAUAUAUUACCAUACCAGUGCAUUUCUAUACUUAACAGUAGAGACAUUAUUAAACUGAUGACCACAUAAUGUAUUUACAACAUGAAUGGUUCAAUUGCUUGUUUUCAAAGUUUCCCUAGGCUUCAUUUUAAAUUAUAAUCAAUGUUUGGUUUAAUGUACUUGUAUUUGUUUUCAGUUUGAUGUUUUAACAUAAAUAUAGAAUUAAGUCAUCAGCAUAUAUUAAAGCUAAAACUAUCACCAGA